GCUUUAUUGACAGACAACGCUUGCUAUGGCUCACAACGCUACAGAAACAGAAGUUGCCCAAACGAAUUCAGGUCAGAAAACCACCAUAAGUGCAUUUAGACGCAGAGAGCCACUAUGCUUCUCACCUAAGAGACGAUAUGCUGUGGCGGUCAUCUCCCCUAUGCAAAAAAAUGACAGUAAUGAACCUGGCUUUGUAGAUGAUAGAACUCUGGAAACAUCACCUGCUCAUUCUAGCAUCAGAUCUGAAGAGACCACCUUUGGAAGGUACAGAGGAGAAAACGGUCAUGUGCGUACAAGGCAGAGGCGUGCUACCCGGUGUAAGCCUUUUUCUUUCGAUGAAUUUGAUGCUGCUCGGAGAGUUCAGCGUGAAAUGAGACUGCAAGAGAUGCGUCAGAUGCAAGAUCAAUGGGUGACUAUUUUGGUUAUUAAUCUUUUAGGACAUUGUCAUUUUGCACAUGAAGUGUAUUUAAAUUAUGUAUCUUUUAGUGCGUCACAUUUAAAGCUCAUCCUGUGAGAAGAUACAAACCUCUUGUUCAGCCUCCAACACACUUCCCAAGCUCUGAACAAUCAAAAUAACAUGCAAAAGAUUUCUGUGUCGUCUUGUCAUUUUUAAAUGUUU